AAGGGGGGGAGGGCGCGCGUACGCGCACGAGCGGGGCGGAAGUGGGGAUCAGCUGAUGGAGGAGAGUCCGCCCGUGCUCAAGCCCGAGUCCGCGAGAGCCAUCUUCCCGAGCUAGCGGAGGCACAGCGGGGGGGACAGGCCGCCGAAGCCGGGGGGAUUCCCGGCGCUGCGAGGGGCACAUAGUGGUAGCGGGACCCCGCUGAACGAUUCCGGAACGGGGACGGAGCGAGAGCCGGGUCGGAGCGGCGAGCGGUCGGAGAAAAUAGGGUUUUAAAAACAAAGGAAGAAGAGGGAAUACGAGUCUCGUUUCCCCCAACCUGCCCGCCCAGUUCUCCCCGGGGGGGGAGGCGACACCCAGCACCCUGGGGGUGGAUGAACAUCCAGUAAGAGCCGGGUUCGGGUCCCGCGCCGUGGCGGAGGGACGCUCGGCUCGUGGCUGCAGCGCCGGUGAUAGCGCGCGAAGAUCAACUUCAACUUGCGCCCGGGACACAGACAGCACCUCCAGAUAACAGUAUCGCAUUGAACCGCACUGCCCUGAGGAGGGAGAUAACGAGUUCCCCACCUCCCACCCCCGCUUUUCUCUAAUGUCUUCGUCGCUGAGCGCUGAUCACGGAGGGGCCGUCGGGUGCGACGCGGACCGCACGACUGUGAAGCUCCGCUGUCCGGCAGAUUAGACGCGAGAAGAUCCCGGCUGGUUUGGUUCGGAGACCCUCCUCACCCGUCAGGCUCCGCUGUGAACUUUUUUUUUUUUGGUCUUUUUAAAAGAAGAAUCUCGUGUUUUAACCUUUUAUAUGUGCAAAAAUUAACCUUCCAACUAACAGGCGUCGGUGAGGUUCGCUACACGGACUCCGUCCGUCCCACUUCUCCGACAGUGAGCCGCAGAACGGACGGACAGGGCGCAGUGUUCCUCCGCCCUGCUGCGGCCUUCGGUAGGAGCGGCCGGCCGAUGUGAUGGAACUGAUGUUCGCCGAGUGGGAGGACGGGGAGCGGUUCUCCUUCGAGGACUCGGACCGCUUCGAGGAGGACUCGCUGUGCUCCUUCAUCUCGGAAGCGGAGAGCCUCUGUCAGAACUGGCGAGGAUGGAGGAAGCAGUCAGCAGGACCCAACUCGCCCACAGUCAAAAUCAAAGAUGGCUUGGUGAUCCCUCUGGUGGAGUUGUCGGCUAAACAGGUGGCAUUCCACAUCCCCUUCGAAGUGGUGGAGAAGGUCUAUCCACCUGUCCCAGAGCAACUGCAGCUGCGGAUUGCCUACUGGAGCUUCCCUGAGAACGAGGAGGACAUCCGGCUGUACUCCUGUCUGGCCAAUGGCAGCCCUGAUGAGUUUCAGCGUGGUGAGCAGCUUUACAGAAUGAGGGCAGUGAAAGACCCACUACAGAUUGGGUUCCACCUCAGCGCCACCGUGGUGUCACCGCAAGCUGGCCAAUCCAAGGGAGCCUACAAUGUGGCCGUAAUGUUUGACCGCUGCCGUAUCACUUCCUGCAGCUGCACGUGCGGAGCUGGAGCCAAGUGGUGCGCGCACGUUGUGGCCUUGUGCCUCUUCAGGAUCCACAAUGCAUCAGCGGUGUGCCUGCGUGCCCCUGUCUCGGAAUCCCUGUCCAGGCUGCAGAGGGACCAGCUGCAAAAAUUUGCCCAGUACCUCAUCAGUGAGCUUCCCCAGCAGAUUCUGCCUACAGCCCAGCGUCUCCUGGAUGAGCUUCUGUCUUCCCAGUCCACCGCCAUCAACACAGUGUGUGGAGCUCCAGACCCGACAGCAGGCCCCUCAGCUUCUGACCAGAGUACCUGGUACCUGGAUGAGUCAACGCUCAGUGACAACAUCAAAAAGACACUGCAUAAGUUCUGUGGGCCUUCCCCUGUGGUGUUCAGUGACGUGAACUCCAUGUACCUGUCCUCCACGGAGCCACCAGCUGCUGCGGAAUGGGCAUGCCUUCUCAGGCCCCUGAGGGGCCGGGAGCCCGAGGGCAUCUGGAAUCUGCUGUCCAUUGUAAGAGAGAUGUUCAAGCGGAGAGAUAGCAACGCAGCGCCGCUACUGGAGAUUCUAACAGAGCAGUGCCUCACCUACGAACAGAUCAUUGGAUGGUGGUACAGCGUGCGCACCUCAGCUUCCCACAGCAGUGCCAGUGGCCAUACAGGCCGCAGCAAUGGCCAGUCAGAGGUGGCAGCACAUGCCUGUGCCAGCAUGUGUGAUGAGAUGGUGGUCCUGUGGAGGCUGGCUGUGUUAGACCCAACUAUGAGCCCUCAGAGGCGCUCAGAGUUGUCUGCUCAACUGAAGCGCUGGCACCUCAAGGUGAUUGAGAUUGUGAAGCGGGGUCAGCACCGAAAGUCCCUGGACAAACUCUUCCAGGGCUUCAAGCCAGCCGUGGAGUCCUGCUACUUCAGCUGGGAGGUGGCUUAUCCUCUACCUGGCAUCACCUACUGCAGCGCUGACAAAAAGAGUGCCUCUUUCUGCUGGGCACGUGCAGUGCAGCAACAGCGGGGUGCACGAGGUGGACUGAGUGAUCAUCCAGAGCCUGGAGGUGGUGCUGGGAGCACUGGAGGUGGGGGUGGACGCUUGGGUUGCUCAGAAAUUGGUGGAUCUGAGCACAAGAGUCGCGGCAGCCACCUGCCUCAGCAGGAGCUGGCUGUCAGACCCAAAGAGACACUCAUGAGCAAGAGGAAGGGUCUGUCUUCGGGGGGUGGUAGUGGAAUGCUGGUCCGUCUUGGUGGGGGGGUCUCUUUGGCUCUGGAUGAAAGCAGCAAGGGGACAUACAAGCCCAGUUGCAGUAGCUCCUCCAUGGGAAGUAAAGCCAAGCUGGCCCAGGGAGGGAAGGCAGGUAGUGGGCCUGCAGGGAUGAGUGCCAAACACGGGGGCAGCAAACGGCGCACAAGCAGCGAAGACAGCUCUCUGGAGCCGGAUAUGGCUGAGCUCAGCCUGGAUGAUGGCUCUAGCCUGGCUCUGGGGGCAGAGGCCAGCAAUACUUUUGAAUUCCUGCCAGCCCCGCCUGAGUUAUUGUCUGCUCCUGGACCCCUUUUUCUAGAGCCCCGCAAAUACAGCAGCAUUCCCUUUCCCAAGGAGUCCACCUCUGAUGGCAAUCAAGCCUCCCACGUGCUGCCCUCAGCCACUGAAGCUGUACCCUUAUACCCUAAUAAAGUAGCAGCACCUGAGAUGGAGAAGGAGGUAGAGCUGGAGGUGGAGAUAGAAGAUGAUGUGAGUGAGGAUCCCGUGGAGGAUGGACAACCUACCACCUCUGCAUCUGCUACAGCCACUGUGCCUCUUCACAUUCACAGGGACACGAACAGUGGAGCGGGACAGGCUUUGUCUACCCCCCAGGUCCCAGAAGCAGUGGCAGACCCAGGAGGAGAGGAUGAUUAUCAGGCCUACUAUUUGAGUGCAGCAUCUGAGGAGGGGGCUGAGCGUGCACCUCCUGAUGGGAGCCAUGAGGAAGAGCCUGAUGUCUUUGCUGGGAUCAAGCCACUGGAGCAGGAGGGUCGCAUGGAGGUGCUGUUUGCCUGUGCCGAAGCCCUGUAUGCCCAUGGAUACAGCAGUGAAGCGUGCAGACUUGCUGUGGAGCUGGCCACAGACUUGCUAGCCAACCCACCUGACCUCAAAGUCGAACAGCCACAGACAAAGGGAAAGAAAAGUAAAGUUUCAACCACGCGGCAGACACAGGUUGCCACCAACACCCUGUCCAAGGCAGCCUUCCUGCUGACUGUGCUGAGUGAACGUAUAGAGCAUCACAACCUAGCCUUCAACACAGGCAUGUUCUCUCUGGAGCUGCAAAGACCGCCUGCUUCCACUAAGGCCUUGGAGGUGAAGCUUGCAUAUCAGGAAUCGGAGGUGGUGGCCCUGCUGAAGAAGAUCCCGCUGGGUGUUGUGGAGAUGAGCGCAAUCAGAGACCGAGCUGAGCAGCUCCGUGACGGCAGCUUUUGUGACUAUCGACCUGUACUUCCCCUCAUGCUGGCCAGCUUUAUAUUUGAUGUGCUCUGCACCCCAGUGGUCUCUCCUACGGGCUCUCGUCCGCCCAGCCGUAACCGCAACAACGACAUGCCAGGUGAUGAGGAGCUGGGCUUUGAGGCAGCAGUGGCAGCACUGGGGAUGAAGACUACAGUAAGUGAGGCAGAACACCCCCUGCUUUGUGAGGGUACUCGGCGUGAGAAAGGAGAUCUGGCUUUGGCGCUCAUGAUCACAUACAAAGAUGACCAGAGCAAGCUGAAAAAGAUCCUGGACAAGCUUCUGGACCGUGAAAGUCAAACUCAUAAACCUCAGACCUUGAGCUCCUUCUAUUCCAGCAAGCCAGCAACCAGUAGCCAGAAGAGCCCCUCUAAGCAUGCAGCGCACAGCAAUGCUGCUGGUGUACCUGGUGGUGUGUCCAAGCAUGCAGCACCUGCAGCAGGAGCUUCUGCCUCAGUGCAGGGCAUGGCUAGUGGGGGUGCGGCUGGGCAACAGGCGGCGCUUCCUGGCACUGUUCAGAAUGCAGCCGCAGGAGAGGGCUUCAGUGAGAACAGUGAGCAGGAUGGGGCUCAGCCCCCAGUCUGUGACCAGCAGACUGAGGCUGCCCCCUUCAAACCAGAGGGCACAGUACCCAGCCGACUGGCAUUGGGGGGGCGUGGCGGUUACAGCGGCCGCUGCUGGGGCUCACCUGUCCGGCAAAAGAAGAAACACACAGGCAUGGCGAGUAUUGACAGCAGUGCCCCUGAGACCACGUCGGACAGUUCUCCGACGCUCAGCCGACGCCCACUCCGUGGGGGCUGGGCAGCUGCCUCCUGGGGGCGGGGCCAGGACAGUGACAGUAUUAGCAGUUCGUCAUCGGAUUCACUGGGUUCAUCGUCAUCAAGUGGCUCCCGUCGAGCUGGAGGUGGAGCUAGGGCUAAAAGCACUGAUACCAGCAGGUACAAAGGGAGACGACCCGAGUGCCACGCUCCUCAUGUCCCUAAUCAGCCGUCUGAGGCUGCGGCCCACUUCUAUUUUGAGCUGGCCAAGACUGUGCUGAUCAAGGCAGGGGGCAACAGCUCCACCUCUAUCUUCACUCAGCCGUCCGCCAGUGGGGGUCACCAGGGUCCCCAUCGCAACCUACACCUGUGUGCCUUCGAAAUCGGCCUCUACGCCCUGGGUCUACACAACUUUGUCUCCCCCAACUGGCUCUCCAGGACCUACUCUUCGCAUGUGUCUUGGAUCACAGGCCAAGCUAUGGAGAUUGGCAGUGCUGCACUCAACAUCCUUGUAGAGUGCUGGGACGGGCACUUGACCCCACCUGAGGUGGCAUCUUUGGCGGACCGGGCAUCACGAGCGCGGGACCCCAACAUGGUGCGCGCUGCUGCAGAGCUAGCGCUAAGCUGCCUGCCACAUGCUCACGCCCUAAACCCCAAUGAGAUCCAGAGGGCUUUGGUGCAGUGCAAGGAACAGGACAAUGUGAUGCUGGAGAAGGCCUGUAUGGCAGUGGAGGAGGCUGCUAAGGGUGGGGGUGUGUAUCCUGAGGUGCUGUUUGAGGUGGCACAUCAGUGGUACUGGUUGUAUGAGCAGACGGUGGGAGGCGGGACGGGGUCCCAACGUGAGGGCUCUGGUCGCUGUGGUGCCAACGGUGGGGCAGUGAGGAGGCCCCCCGAGGCUGGCCGGGGGACGUUGGACAGCGGUGGGCCCAUGGACUCGGGAGGGGUAGCGGUGACAGCCACGGUGACGGCUGCUGCUGUGGUGCCGGUCAUUUCUGUGGGCUCCACCAUCUACCAGUCUCACGCCAUCCCGGGCUCGGCUAUCGCCCACCCCCACCCGCAGGGCCUGCACCCCUACACAACCAUCCAGACCCACCUACCCACCGUCUGCACUCCACAGUAUCUGGGUCAUCCUCUGCAGCACGUGCCACGCCCUACUGUCUUCCCUGUCACUGGAACAGCUUACCCACAGGGAAUGCACCCAGCCUUUAUUGGCACCCAGUACCCAUUUUCAGUGGCUGCCAGCCCCCACCCACCCAUGGCAGCGACCGCAGUCACAUUCCCUGGGGUGCCUGUGCCGUCCAUGACCCAGAUUGCUGUGCACCCCUAUCACACAGAAGCGGGUCUGCCCCUGAGCACCACGGUGGCUGUAGGCGGUGUCCAUUCCAACUCUACCAUCCAAGCCAUCCAGGGGCCGUCGCUUCCUGGCCUGUCUUCCCAACCUACACCGUUGGUCAGCACACCCUUUCCUUCUGAAGAUGAGCACAGUCAACCAAUUAGCCAGCAGGGCCUGCAUUACCUACACUCGGCCUACAGAGUUGGUAUGCUGGCCCUUGAGAUGUUGGGUCGGAGGGCUCACAAUGACCAUCCCAACAACUUCUCCCGCAGCCCCCCCUACACUGAAGACGUCAAAUGGCUGCUAGGACUGGCUGCCCGACUGGGUGUGAAUCACGUUUACCAGUUCUGCGUGGGUGCAGCCAAGGGUGUGUUGAGCCCCUUCGUCCUACAGGAAAUCAUCAUGGAAGCACUGCAGCGGCUCAACCCUGCCCACAUCCAUGCCCAUCUCAGAACGCCUGCCUUCCACCAAUUGGUACAGAGAUGUCAGCAGGCCUACCUACAGUACAUACACCAUCGGCUGAUCCACUUGACACCAGCGGACUACGAUGACUUUGUUAACAUCAUCCGCAGUGCACGUGGUGCAUUCUGCCUCACGCCCGUGGGCAUGAUGCAGUUCAACGAUGUUCUGCAGAACCUUAAGAGGGGCAAACAGACCAAGGAGCUUUGGCAGAGGAUCUCCCUAGAGAUGGCUACCUUCUCACCCUGAGGCUACUGGGAAUGCAGGGAGCAUCCUGUACUGCUGCCCUAGAACAAGCACACACACCCACUCCCCAACACCCUCCUGGCCCUUUCUUUCCUCCUCCACCUCAGUCUUGUACGUGGGCACAAAUGGACAGUAAACACACAGGCUGCACUUUGCACCAAUUCAUCAAACUCCUUAGUGAUGUCACUGGUUGAUGAUGCAGCACUUUGGACUUGGAUACCUUGGAAAUGCUGGGUAAGAUCAGGAAAUUUUUACCAUCUGUGUCUUGACUGAGCAGACCCUGCCUUUUUUUGCAUUUUCUCUUCCAACAAAAUACACCUUCCCAUAAUUCAAGAUGGGACCUCAACUCAUAGCCUCAUAAUACCCCCAACUUUUCAUUGACACUUUCAAGUCCUACACACAGUUCCUCAUGUGACCCUUCAGAUGGAAAGUUGGUUGUAAAUGUGGUUGUGAAAAAAAAAGUUGGGCAGGUUCUUUUAUAUAUAAAAACCACUGAAUAAGCAAGAUCCGUACUGAAACAUUCCUCCUUCCCAGGGAAAGAGAUCACCUCUUACCGCUACUACAGUUUUAACGUUUCGGUAUUGACAGUGUUUAAAUGAGAAGGAGAAAAAAAAAAAACACAUUUGUUAUUAAUAUUAAAAUAACCUGAGUACGGGUGAAGAUUUUGUUUUGUUAUUUUCUAUAGAAUGUUUUCAGAGAAAGAAAAGAAAGAAGCAUAAGGAGAGUUCCAUUUCCAUUGUAAGGGUGAGAGCAAGGCUGCGGGCCUCAGCACACAAGUGUAUCUGUUUGGACCAAACAAACCCUUCACAGACCAGCAGCCUCCCUGAGUGGGUCCUGGUGUCAGAGUAGGCUUUGUACAAGAAGCACCAUGCCUGCAUUUACUUGCGUAAAUGUGCACAUGCACAUUGCCCUUUCAUGUUCUGUAGGGCAGUGGCCAUGGAGAUAGGUUGGUCACCCUGAUGUUCCAUCCAGGCCAUGUCCUGUUCUGGCAAUUAUCAGAUACCACUGUGCUGGGAGCCUGAGGCCUGCCUUGUCCCAGGAGCUCGUGAGCUGGAGAGCUACUGUGUAGAAAAUGUAUUGUGAUAUUUUUGUAUUCUUCAAAGUUUAAGGAAAAACCAGUCUGGGGAAAUUAUAUAAAUAUAUAUGAACUGUGCUGACUGCAAGAAGUGAAAUUUAGAAAAAUUGAAAAAGGUUAAAGCAAUAUUGAAAAUGUAGAUUUUACUUAAUAAAGAAUUCAAAACACUAUUCUAA